GUGCCGGGACCGGACUUAGCGAUGAUCUCAAUGAAGACGAGGAACAUGAACGAGGCAGUGAGCAGGACCCGGAAAACAACGAGCUCUUGGCCGGCGCGAUGGCGCAUCGCACCAAGGAACAGGUCGAGGCGGUGCGCAAUCGACUGCGUUUGCGGCUGGGGGCCACGUCCUCCAACAAACUGGUCUCGGGGAGGCGUUUGCUGGAAGCAGUGCAGUCCUUGGGUUUGACAAAAUACACCGAAGAGGACAUGAAUGGCUUUGUGAACCAGCUGGCCGGCUGGAUCAACUUAACAUUCGAAGGGGUGGACAAGAGUUCCAAGAGCGGUCGGAAAUCAAGGCGGCGAAGCACUGUAUCAAACAGCCUCAAUCUCGGGCUGUUCUCGUUUCAGAACAUCCACACCACGGGGACGAAAAAUUUGGGGAAACCCAAGUGGAGCUACCCUCAGGACCAGUCCAUCGCCAAGAACGGACGCAGUAGCUUUGGGAGCAAAUCCGCCAGUUCUCCAGUGUACGACGUUCGCGAGGAGAGAUGUCACUACAACGUGGUCCCAGCACAACCAUUGGUAGAUGUGUUCUUGGCAACGGAGGAGGAGGCGAUGAAAAAAGUCUUUGGUACGGCAUAUUUUACGCAGUACCAAGCGAUGCGGGAGAUUUUGUUGGCAGGUGACACCAAUCGAUUAGUCGCAGAACUGACGUUCGUUCGAAUCAACGACUUAGCCACACCGCCCGAGCCAGUGCAUCCGCUGACCUACAUCGAACCCGUGGUGGCCUUGCUGAUUGUUGCCAACGGCGUGAUGAUUGGUUUCCAGUCGGAUCCCGGCUACGAGAAUUGGCCCGGCUGGCCCUUCCUCGAAUUAGGCUUCACAUCCCUGCUGAUUUUCGAGGUUUUGCUGCGGAUGUAUUGGCUCAAAUGUGGUCGAUAUUGGUGCGGACCUGAAAGUCCCUGGAAUUGGUUCGAUCUUUUCUUGGUGGCUGUUGGCAUCUCAGACUUCUGCUUGCAGCUCUUUGGAACCGAUGCGAGUAUUCAACACGCAUCCCUUCUUCGGUUCUGUCGUUUGAUCCGACUGAUACGAAUCGUCAAAGUCUUCCGGAUCCGCAUCAUGCGAGACCUGCGUUUGAUGGUGAAAGGACUCAUCGCAGGUAUUCGAACGCUCUUGCUGGCCUUCGUCCUUCUCUUCACGGUUUUGUAUGUCAUGUCUGGCUUUGCCACCUUGACGAUUGGACACAGUGAAGUUGCAGAAAAGCUGGGCCUCACACGAUACUUCUACAACAUUCCUCACUCAAUGUUCACCGCCUUCCGAUGCUUCACAGGAGAAUGUGUGAAUGAAGCUGGUCAACCCAUCCACUACAUGUUGGCCGCCGAGUUUGGUAAUUCCUUUGUUUUGGCCUAUGUGGCCAGCUACAUGUUGGUCACCAUGGGAAUUUUCAAUGUGAUCUUGGCAGUCUAUGUGGAUAUCACCAUGAAGGCGGCGAAGGAGACGGAUGCGAUCACGGCGGAGCAGUACUCCAGAGAAUCGAUCAGGAUAGCACGGACCACGCGCGAGUUGCUGAAGAAGUUUUCUUUGGCGCAUCAUUUGUAUCACCUUAGUGAGGGAGAGGAAACCGAAGAAGACAAGGCUGAGGAAUCGACCAGAACCAAGCUGGCAAAUAUGAAGACAGCCACAGUGUUUGAGGAAGAUGGAGUGCAUGACAAGAUCGCCAUCUCCAAGGAGUUGUUCUUGCUGGUGAUCCAAGAUCAAAGCGUGCAGGCACUCAUGGACGAGUUGGAUUUGCCGCCGGAUCGCGCCAACCUGUUCGAGAUCAUUGACGCUGACGCGUCGGGAACUCUACAAAUUACAGAGCUGCUCCAUGGCUUGCUGAAGAUUCGUGGCGAGAUCAAUAAGAGUGACGCAGUGGCGUCUCUACUGGCCACCAGGGCGGUCCAAAGUCAGGUGACCGUUUUGCAGGAGAGGUGCCAAAUAGAGCUGGCCUUGAUCCGUCGUGAACUGCAGCAGCAACGAGACGAACGAUUUCAACUGUUGCCCUUGCCCAAGAUGAAAAGGGAGCAGUCUGGUAGUCGGCCCCAACGCUCGUCGUCUGCCAAGUCCGUCACCAGCAGAAAAUCAGCGCCGUCGAGUCCCACGAUUCCACCCGGGUCCAGGCCAACCCUUGGUGCGAUCUACGGAUCGGAAUCAUGCUGUUUCGACAGAUGA